AUGACCAUUGUGAAAGAGAAAAGUGGUGCGGAAUCUGAACAGGAGUGUGAAAAUUUGUUAGUCUUUGGGGACGUAGACAUACCGAUAAAAACGGAAGACGAGUCAGUCAAUGAAACGGAUCAGAGCCUUAAUCCCUCAGAACGUGAGACGUCGGACAUUAAAUUACUGUUACAAAUGAUGAAUCAAUCGUUAGUUUUUAAUCAGACUGUUGCAGCCCGCUUACAAGCUAAUGAAGAACAAUUGCAAACCAUGAAUCAGUCGGUCGCGGACAAUUUUCGGGUUAUAAAUCAGAAAGUGUCGCGUCUAGAGGGAACUAUGAACAAAAAAUUUGAUAAUGUCUUAGUUUGGGGUAAUAAACUUCGCAACGAUAUUUUAAAGAUAGACAAGAAACUUAGCAAGGCAGAAACAAAGAUUUUAGUGGUAGAAUCUAAAGUGGGAGAAGUAAAUUCUAGUCUGAGUAACAAAAUUCAGUCUGUAAAAAAUGAACUGGUCACAGACAGAGAGGAAAAUGCAAAAUGUUUUGUUAAUGUUAAUAAUCAAAUAGAUACAGUUUGUGUAAAUGUAAAAGCUAUGGCAGUAGAUCUUGAAAGUAGAGUAGACUCUAAACUAAAUGUUGUGGAUGAUAAAGUGGAAACAGUCAGUAACACGGUAAAACUCCACGAGAUUGAAACUAAGAGAGAUGUUAGUGAAUUAAAAAGUACAGUAUCAGAGUUAAACCAAAAGUUUGAAAUAUUUAGCAAUGAGCUUGACAGGAUUAUAGACAAAGUGGGGAAACCAAAAAACUAUUUCAAUCACGCACAAAGAGGUGGGGAUCAUAGUUGGGGAAACACUAAUUUUAACAGGAGGGAAAACAGUAGGCCCAACAACCAUAGUUUUCAUCAUAGGGAACAAAAUAGUCACAAUAUUAAUAACAAUUUCCGUGCAAGGGAAAACUAUAAUUUCCAUUCGAGAGGACAAUCUGGGAACAAUUGGAACAGAAGUAAUUACAGGGAUUCUGAAAACAGGAAUUGGCGUGAACAUAGUGACACCAGGGGUCAAAAUGCUAUGGGAAGUCCUGAAGCAAAAAACUAG